UAAAGGUACGGCAGUUGCUCACGGCGGGACGGCUCGAGACGCUGUCGCAUCCUCUGCGUUCUCCUGAGAGAAAUUUCGGCUGCUAGUCAGCUCGGUAUUGUUCGGCUUAUGUGGGUCCGCGUUUUCAGUUACAAACAAACUGGACCUAAUGUGAAGGAAAAUAGGUUUCAGCAUUUUAACAAAGUUUAGUGCGAGUUAAUACGUGCCAAAAGUAAACUUCGGGUUGAAUGCAAAUUAAAACAGUGCAAGUUCGUCAGAAAGCGUGUGUAGAGUCGAGCACUAAUCUAAGCGAAGGGAUCCCAGACAAUAUUUACUUUAGUCAUUAUUAGUGGAACACAACGUCUUCUUAAUUUCUCACAGUUCAUAGUCCUGAGCAAAUUGCAAAAUGCCACAUUCAGGCCAAGCCGGUAUUAAUCAGCUCGGAGGGGUAUUCAUCAACGGUCGCCCACUUCCUGACUAUAUAAGACGAAGAAUUGUGGAGCUAGCUCUUAUGGGGGUGCGACCAUGUGAUAUCUCGAGGCAGCUGCUCGUAUCACACGGUUGCGUAUCGAAGAUCUUAACACGUUUCUACGAAACCGGCUCUAUUAAGCCUGGGUCUACUGGAAGCCCAAAAGGAAAGAUAUUAGGACGCGGACAACGGAGACAAUAUAACUUGAAACGGAUCCAGCAGAGCGCUGUUGUUGAACGACAGGAUCAAUCGUUCGCGGGACUUGACCUUAGAAAUUCUGUAUCAUCACCACAAAGCGCAGAAGCUUCUUCUCUUCCGCUGUCGAGCCGAAAUGGUCCGUUCGUGAGUCCUUUCUUCUUAAUGCGCGGAGCAGCUUUAGGAGGACCACCGACUUCUGGCCCAUUAGGUCCUUCACUAGCUGCGCUAGCUCCAAGUCAGGCUCACGAUUUUACCAUCCGGAGUCUGUCGACGAGUGGUAGUGAGGAACGGUCUUCUCGAUCGCCGGCGUCUUCAGAUUCAUCUGCCGGAAUCGUCGUUGGCUCCCUCGGACAUCAGCUCGGUUCAUCGGCAGCGCGAAAUUCGAAGAACUUCUCUAUUGACGCAAUCCUCCAGGUUCAACAACAGCAGGAAAAACAGCAACAAAAACAGCCGCUUCCGCAAUCGGCCCGGCGACAGCAACCUGGAACAGCGGCGGCGGCGGCGGCGGCGGCGGCAGCAGUGGGCGAUGCCAAAAGCGGGUCUACCACGCAAGGUUCGAGUUUUUCCGAUCCGACUCGCUUUAACUUGGAUCUUCACUCCCGUCUCGCAGUUCACUGGCUGGGCCUGUGGAAUUCACAUUUUCUUCGGCAGUCUAGCUCAACGGCAUUAGCUACCGCCGCUGCUUCGAUUGCGCCUCAGAUGACGUUGCCCUCCGGGUCGCCGCCGCCGUUGGCGAUACGUCCGGCAUCCCCUGCCGACUCCGACGACAACGAGGUGACAAUAGCCGUCGAUGAAGCCGACGACCUGGAGCUCCAGGACUCUCCGGAAGAAGCCACACGAACAAGGGAGUGGCAGGAAGCCCAGCCAGAUAGCACCCAAAAAGAAGAUGAAGAAGUCGACGUAUGUGAAAUCGACAAUUAGUGGUUAAUUACGAACGAUGGCGCUAAGCACUAGCUACUUGGUAUGAGAGAAAGCAGAAAUAAAAUAAUGUUGGACGAUUUGGCGGCCGUAUGCGAACAGCAGAAGUAACCGGGACGCACCAUUUAGAGCAACGUGUGUAGGAUCUAAGAGUAAUCAGUAAAGCAUUGUAGUUAAACAGUGAAAGGCCUGAGGAAUUAGCACUUCAACAUAAUUCAAUAGUAGGAAGUUUCGUACGGCCUGCCAUGGAACGGGCUCACCAGUGAUAAUGAUCUGAGACUUCUCCAUGUUCUGAUAUGCGUUUGACAUAGGCAGUUCUGCCAAUUCAAUUUGCUGGUUGUACAUCCUUUCGGCUACCUGUGAUUGAAGUCCAGUGACGGCCACGCGUCAACCCUAGACACGCAAAUUGUUUUGUGACUAAAGAAAGUGUUAUCUUCCAUUCCUGAUCUAGCGACAGGUUGUCAACCCUUGAAGCUCGAAUAACCUGUCGUCAUAUGUAGGCGACGCUGUUGAUAUGACCAAUACUAAAUUGGGAGUAUUUACUUGUUUUGCAUAAGAGACAGUCCUCCUGUGAGCAUGAGCAGUCUUCGGCGUUUCGUCUUUACGACUACAAGACGACGCAAAAGCAGAGAAAUUUGUAAAGACAAACAACUCGCAAAAGCUUGCGGUCAGUGUAUUGAAUGCGGUAACUCCUAUAUAGUCGACUAAGGCGGGUACUGAACAUUCUAGCUCAUAUAACAACCCUUAUCACAUAUUGAGAUAGACCUAAGUCAACAACACGUUAUAGAGCAACAUAUAUAUAUAUAUAUAUAUAUAGAGAUGGUAUGACUGUGUAUUAGGACACAAACUAUAAUAACAGUAGCAAGUUACACAAUGCGGUUGCGGUAGUGGUAGUAGGUAGAGGCCACCUCUGGAGGUUGUAUACUACACCGAACAAACAGUUUUUCCAAAUGUAACUUUAUGGAAACUAAUCUUUUUCAUUAGAAAUUAGCGAACAAGCAACAUAUUCGCAUAGUAGCUCCCUUGUGGUUACGUACCUCACGGAAGAAUAGAAAUAAAAGAGAUCCAUAGGAACAAAUGAGCGAACUAAGCGGUAACAAUUACGGACACCAUGAUACCAGAUAAUAUCUAGAGGCAUUUUCAGAACCCUAUAAAAUUAAAUUAUUUAUUAGUUUUCGUUAGAGUGCAAUAGUAAGGAGGAUUUUAAAAAUCAUACAUCAUUUAAUAUGGCUAGCCCUUCUAUCUUCCCAUAAGGGUUGCAUACUAAACGACAUAGCGAUACCAUACGACUCGCUCACUAGAAGCGAACUAGUCAUUUUUACGCGUUUGCUUGACAGCUGUGUACUGAGUAUUUUGCGUUAUCUCAGCAAAUAGACGAUCAAUAAAUAAGUCAACCCACUGAUCGUAGUAUGUACUAUUUAUUUAAUUAAAGGGUGGCAAUUUUUUUAAAUUGAUUAGGCUGUCACGAUGGCAUUACGUUUUCUUCGCGGCACGCUGAAUAAUCGUCUUUUAUAGCUGCUUUACAUAGUUUAUACAGAUGACGCACGAACAGCCACCAUGAGUAUCGAAUCAAAUUUGCAAAAGUGCUUGACUAGGCCCGUAGAAGCGAUUCGUCUACGAGUGUUUAGGGCGUCCCCCGACUAGACGUCUAUCAUUUUUUCCUUAUUCGACUGUUUAGGAAUGACCCUCGUUACUAUCUAUAGUGGCAUAGAUCGGACUGCAGAUUUACGGAGUUACUGGUCAGUUGUAGCACUGAAAUCGGACGAAUAAAUAAAAUCUACAUUUUUCAAUACAACAGAUACGCUAACGAUCAAUGUUGUUAUAAAACUAAUCGUGGAUUAAAUAGU